AUGCCUCGAUACUCUAGCUCCGUUGAUGGCGCAGAACUGUUUUACCGUUACUAUGCGCCAGAAGGUAGACCUCCAGCGCUUGCAACAGAACUGCCUCUGGUAGCCAAGAGCCUAACUCUGGUCCUUCUACACCAGUGGCCUCUCUCAUCUCGUAUGUACGACCCGAUCCUGCUGCCACUUUGCGAGACCCACGGAUACCGUGUUAUCGCCCCCGAUAGGCGAGGUUUUGGUAAGAGCGAGUGGUCUGGGCAUGAUCCUACGACUCCCAUUGGCUAUAAAGAGCUUGCGCAAGACUUAUCCGGUCUGUUGGAGAGAAUCCAGCCAGGGCCUUUUGUCUUUGUCGCUACCAGCAUGAGCACGGGCGAAGCCCUGAUGGCGUAUCUAAGCAGCUCCUAUGUACAGGAAAACUGCCAGGGUAUGUUGUGGAUAAGCACCUGCCUGCCGUAUCCUACAGCAUCACCCCAAAACCCAAAGGCUCCGCCACAAAGCGUAUGGGACGACGCUAUCAUGGCCAUAAGGCAAGAUAGACCUCACUUCCUCGCCAACGGCUUCAAGGGGCCUUUUGGGGUUGGAUCAUCCGGUUCGGUCCCCGAGAAGCAGGUUGCAUUUUUCGAGAAUAUCUUCUGGGAGAAUGAUCCAUUUGCGCUUGAACGCUGCAUACAAAUCUAUUCUCGAGAAGACCUGUCUGUGCAGAUAAAGCAGUUCGGGCAAGACUUUCAGAAGCCUUUUCUCCUUAUUCACGGGGGAGGCGACGGAGCCGUGCCUCCUGAAGUAAGCGCAGAACUUGUCCAGAAGGCGGUUUCUGGAGCAAAGCUGACUAUAUAUGACGAAGGAGGACAUGUGCUCAUCCUUAACUAUGCAGAUCGUCUUUUAGACGAUAUCGUAAACUUUGCAGAAAGUAUUACGACAUGGAAAAAAUAA